GCAUCCUAGAAGAACCAACCAGAGCGUCCCGUGCGCUAUCUUGGACCCGAUGGCAUCUUGUUCUUAUCAGAUAUCCCCACGGUGUUCCUCGUCAGGUGACGGGUUCCGCGGCACCGAACCCAGACAAGAGCGGUGCCAAGGCCGGUUCUCCAGUUCUUUCGGCAGAGGAAGACGCAGGCGGUGUAGACCGAUGUCUCUGUUGAAGCGCUCAACAGAACACAGGGUGCAAGAACUUUGGGAGGAAUUCUGCGAAGAUUUCCGCCGGAGGACCUUUAUGGGAGUGACGUGGGAUUUUCAGGUAUACGGCUACUCCAGCAAUGACGAUCCAAGGGCACCUUUUAUAGUCCCUGACCCGGAGAAAAUUCCUGAACGUUUGCAGCGGACGAUAGCAAAUGCGUGUAGACCAGCUCAGCUGGUGAUCAACGUCGUUACCCUAGAAAUAGCCUGCAAAAACUUUUUUCCCUGCCUUGGCCAGACUGCGCCGGAGUGCUCCUGCAAGUGCUGCGCUACAAAUCAAGUUGCUCAGUGGCUGGCGAACAAGGUUCCCGAAUCUUGUCACGUAAUAUCUACAGUCUCCAAAGGCGUCGUGGGUACUCCAGUGUCCACUCUCUCCGGUUACUUCUUCAAGGAUGGUGCCGGUACAUCGACCCUAUUCAUCCCUUCCUUCCCGGGUCUCGAGAUUAUUCCGCUUACCAUGGACGACAUGUUUUGCCGAGACACGACAUGCUUCCAGUCGUACCUUGCCGUUAUCGCCUUCGUGCCCGAAGAAGCUUUCUCCGCAGUCGCUCAUGCUGUUCCAUUCAUCGACAUCGGUUCCACGGACUUUGUCAUGGGUGCAGUACACUCCAUCAGCCGAGUGAGAAACCAUUGGUUCGCUGGUCUGGGCAUACGAGGAGCAAAUGUUGAGACGGCAACAGCUGUCGCAUCGGGCGACUUUCAUUCGACAGCCCACGUAUGUCGCAUGCUGCGCGGUCUUAAGUCCAGGUCCAUUCGAAGACCAGUCGAAUUUGCCUUUAUGUUCACAAAUGCGAACGAACCGUGUUUUUUGAACUCUUUUACGGAUGCUUUCCCUGGAGUCCCUAUUGUGGGUGCUUGCACGCAAUAUUGUGCUGCAUUGGUGGACUCCGACGAGGACGGUUCUUCUUCCCGGGGUCUCUACUUUCGACCGAAGAGUGACGUCGUCAUGAUGGUCAGUGUUGACGUCGGACGUUAAAACGAAAGAAAGGGCUAAUAAUUUCUCACCCCCAGAAUGAAACUUUUCCUGGGGUUCUAGAUAUGAUUUGUAUGAUUAGACGAUCUAAUCAGCCAUCUGCGGUCAAGGGGCUCUAUACCAUUAUCUGUGCGCAGCAAAGCAUCACUCUCACCUCUCUCGUCAGUGAAUAAAGAUAUAAAACUGCA